AUGUCUAAAAACACUAAUCCCAAAUCAUCUGGGUGCAGAUCAGCCAUAUCAACGAAGUACGUCUGGUGUCCAGAACCAUUUUUUGAACUUGACGAUCAACCCGCAAUCCGCAAGGGACUGAGAGUCCACGUGACUCGAAAUGUUAACAGACAAUGGGCAUUCUUCAAACCGAACAUUUUACUGGAUCACCAAUUAUAUUCACGACCUUCAACUGGCAUACAAUCCAACGGACUGAAAACGUCAUUGUCUUCACAAAGACAAGAGAAAGCAGAGCUGCCUCGACACAAGGAUGGGGUUAUCAGCGACGCUAAAACUUUUGCAAGAACGUUCAAGGAAGUUCCACCCCCUGCUGCAAUAUUCGGCUUUGCCGGCACUCUUCCAUACAUCGCAACUAGCACAGCAUCGGUACUCUAUGCCUCAUCGCCAGAGAUGCAGGCUGUCAUCGAGCCUGUUCAGAUUGGAUAUGGCGCGUGUGUUUUAUCAUUUAUGGGAGCUGUGCAUUGGGGUCUGGAAAUGGCCAAGUAUGGUGGUGAAAUGGGAUAUAAAAGAUAUACGCUAAGCGUGGUACCGGCAAUAUUAGCGUGGCCAACAAUGUUGUUCCCAACAGAAAUAGCGCUUACUACGCACCUGCUUGGUUUUACCUCACUACUGUAUGCAGACGUUGUCUCUGCGUCCCGUGGGUUAGUGCCGAGCUGGUAUCCUCUGCUCCGCUUCUGGUUAACCGGCAUUGUUGGGUUUUCCAUCGUUGUCACACUUGUAGCCAAACAAAGACAAGAGACCGACGUUAUCGCAAAAGCCCGCAAGAAUGCUAUUGAGGCUAUACCGUUAGUUAGAGAGUCUAGUGAGAACGAAUAA